AUGAAAUGCCUUCGGUCAGUGGCUAGUCUCAGCAAGGAGGAAGUGAGACUGUUAACCCGGGUCCUGCGCAUAGGGUUCAUCGACCCGGCUGGGAACGAGCCUAGAGACAAAGGCGAGAUAAUGAGGGCCAUCAAGAAACUUCCCUCGGUCCUGCAGAGGCACUGGCUGGAUCACUGGAUGAACCUCAUAGGUCGGGCGCCCGCCGUGGCCCUGUGUGAUUUGCAUACGAAACUGAACCCCUACAUUAUUCAAUACAUAUUUGAGCUGCUGCGAUGCGAGGUUAUCACGCAUUUGGAGUGCCUCUACUGGUACCAUAGUGUGCUCCGGGAUUCUCGCCUUGACGGCGUCGAUCUCAAAGUGCGAGAUAUUGUGUACAGCUUGCGAGAUAUACAUUACAUGUGGACCCCCUCUCGACAAGUUAUUCAAGGAAGCCCGGUCACGUACCAGCAGAAUAAGUGCGAAGCGUGCAUUCUAGCCCGGGUUGUCAACGGGCGGAAAUUCCUGCAGCAUCUCCGGACAGCCCUCCUGAGCCGGACAGCAACCAGGAGGAAUCAUCGGGUACCGACGUUCCUCCCGUUCGUGGAUGAAAGCAUAGCCUGCCAUGAAGGCUUCAUCGAUAGGAUACAUUGGCGCAGCAGCACACUGGCGACAGCCAUGAAGCGUCAGCGGAAACAUGCCCACCGGGCUCGGAUGAUGUCUAACCCUAUGGCGAGUCUCAAACAAGAGACCUCAAAAGCCACAGAUGAGGUUGUAGUCCCCAUUGGCAUAGACCCGGAGGUUCUCGAGUCAUUUCACGGGGGACGGCAAAAGGACGGAAACCAUGGUGAACCCUACACAGCAUCUGAGCUGGUGCCCAAAAGACACGAUAGUGACACCGACACCCUUGCAGGAAUAGUCGGGUUGUACAACGAGCCUCAACCUUUGAACUGGAUAUCCUCUCCCAUAUCCUGUGCGAUGGAGAGUCAAUCAGAUGUCUCUUCUGUCACUUACACCGACGAAUCACCCUCUCAUGUGUCACCUACCUCGCCUAAGGACAACCCGUGGCUCGCUCCAUUAACUUCCACACCAGAUCCGUUGCCUGGUCGUUCACCAUCAAUCCACAAGAGAAAAGCACCAAUAGAAAAACCCGCGGAUGAUGUCAAAGCCUCUACUGGGAAGAACCCCCAGGGGAUGACGGAUGUGAGCAGAUAG